UUCAAACAGGCGGACAUGUACUCCCUGGCCCUGGUCAUGUGGGAGAUAACCAGACGGAGUGCCACGGGAGACAAGAUGCGCGACUACGAGCCGUAUGCGGUGCCCUACGCCGGGAUGGUGCCAGCCGACCCGAGCUUUGACGAUAUGCAUCAGCUGGUCUGUGAGAAACAAGUGCGGCCUCCCAUUGCAGAGAGAUGGAGCAAGUCGCAGGCGCUGACGAAAUUGGCGCGAAUCAUGCGCGACUGUUGGCGCCAGAAACCCGGCGCCCGCCUACGCGCUCUGACCGUCAAAAAGCACCUGAUCACCGCGCUGAAGAACGAGCUACACGCCGUCACCACAGCAGGAGUCCACCUGUAGCGUGAGUUCGAAUCCAGGAGACGACAAAAAAACAUCGCGCGAGUGUGGGUUCGAAUCCCGACAGCGACAAAAGUUUUAUCGCGCUGGAGCGGCGGAAGAGUGUGACAAGUGCGAAAGGAGGCAUGAGUAGUGGAUCCGUGAGAUGAAAGUGGUCAUAAGUUUUGACGAAUGGCUCGACUAGGGGCGAGUUCACCCGUGCGUUCAAGCGCACAUGUGCGCGUAUGAGCGUACUUGCUUACAUCGGCGAGCGUGUGUUUGCGUGUUAGUGGCCAUAUUGAAGGGCAUGUGACUCCUACUAAGUGGAUGCAUGUGAGAAAAUCAAAUCUGGACGCUGGUUCUCACUCAUUGCGCCAGAGAUAAUGCUUCCAGUCUCCCUGAAGACUAAUGGCGUCAUUGUUCAUGGCGUCAGAAUUCAUCACAUAGGACGUCAAAAUGGGUCGGUCGUGACGUCAUACUUCACCUCAGCUGUCUGAGAGGUGAGUGUCACGGAAAAGUCGGCACCUCGUGGGAUUUGAACCCGCGUCCGUGGAGGGUACCGCCUUUGCAUCGUGCGCCAUUCAGUGCUGAAGAGUGAAGAGUCGACUGAUGCGGUGGAUAUUGCGCUGUUUUGCUGUAUAUUGCCAAUGUAGACAGAGCAUGUGCCGCAGCAGCUGCAACCCGAGUUUAGCGCAGCAAAUCCUGUUUGUACAUCGUUUAGUAUUGAUAGCUUUGUCUUUCUUCGAAACUCGAUUGUUUGCCGACUUGUCAGUUCAGUGAAGAAACUGUUCGCGAGACGCGUAAGCGGCAGUUGUGGCUACUUCUAAUUUUGCUGAUGCUCGUUCCUGAUUGGUUAGCCAUGGCUAAUCGAAGAGCCUCGAACAGAGCUGCUUGAUUGAGUUUUAGCUUUAGCGACAGCGUGUACCUUCAUUUACAUUUACGUGCUACCUUAGACACCGUAGGGCGUUUUAUACCGGCCUUAUGCCGCUGCAUAUACUUAGUUCCCGGUCCGUAGUUGUCAGAUUCCGCCCUGCAGCGUGUGUGUACGGUUAACAUUGAUCUGUGACGCCACAGCCAGCGGCCGUGGCCGCCGUACGGUAAAUAACCCUCUCGCCGAUGCCGCUACCUGCGUUGUUGCGCUACGGUGAAUGUUGAAUUCGUACCCCGUCGUGCGACGUUGUUCUAUACGACGAAACCAGUGCCAAUCCGCGAUCCGAGUCGCCUAUGUGUGCGUGUGCGCGUUAGUAUGCGUGUGGAUUGCGUGAGUCUGACAAGUGCCAUCCCCCGAAUCGCGAUCGGACUCGGCUCUUGUGCUCGUGUCGUCCCGUCGUGUACGUACAAAUUUUGUACUCGGAUUUUGUACCCGCAGGCCGUCGAAGUAAUAAUUGAGAGACCUAUCUCGGCGGUUGCCGCGUGCGCGAGGCGUUUUAAAGACGAGACGUGUCCCAAGAUGGCUAGGAGAAUACGGAAUAAUAUAUUGCGCCGCCGCGA